CCCAGAAGUCUGAGAUUGACGCAUGCGCAUCGAAACCAUUGCAAAUGGCGGCAGUUGUUAUUGUUCGAUGUAGCUCUUGAUACUUGGACAGAUCUAGGACAAAAUUCUCACCUCUUCAGGUGCAUGGUUGAUGGAUGAUAGCGAUGGGUCCGCAGGAGGACUACAUCGAGACUGUCGUCACCUGCGAGGGGGAUUUUCACGAUCCAGAACUACACAGUCGUUUAGAGCAGUUCAGAUUAAACCUGAAAGAAUUAUUAUCGACAGAUUCUAACAAGGUUAUUUUGAAGAAAGUUGAACCUUGGAACAGUGUACGAGUGACAUUUAAUAUCCCAAAAGAAGCAGCCUUACGCUUAAAGCAGCUAGCAGAGCAAGGAAAUGCUGCUUUACGGAGUUUGGGAGUAUUGGCUGUUCAAAUUGAGGGUGACCAAAUCAUAUCGCUUACUAUUGCUGGGCGAAAUAAUGAGAGAGCAGAAGUUAUAUUAAAGACAAAUGAUACAAACAGACCUGGACCUUCUUCUGUUUCUGUGUUUGAUUCAGGACUUCACAGUUCGGAUGAGGUAUCUUCACCUGGGGCUAGUAAUGUAGAAACCACUAGGAAAAAUAUAGCAGAAUAUCUUAGGAAAGGAACUUCAUUGUUUGAUACCUUCUUUAAUCCCAAUCAAUCUGUGCAUGGCAGUGAAGUGUUCAGAUCACCGAAUGUUGUAGCAACGUCAUGUGAACCUAUUCCAUUCAAAGCCAAUAAUAUACUCCAUACAACGUCAUCUCAUAGUACAAUUCCUGGAAUGUCUCCGACACAUGUUAGUUUUCCUCCUGGUCGCAGUCCUACUGGUUAUCCUGCUACUCACAGUCCAAACUUUCCAUCCCCAUCUUCAAGCCGCAGUCCUGUAGGUCAACCAGCUCUCAAGUUCCCAUCCCCUCCUGCAGGUUCACGUGGAAUUAUACCCCUACCACCCCCACCUCCCCCACCACAUUCUUUUGCUAAUAUGGGUUUGCCCCCACCGCCUCCAUACCCUCAGACUAUGGCCCCGGUCAAUAACUUACCUCGUCAUGGUAAGACUGUGACAGCCGCCAGCCCUCUUUUAGUCAACCUCCUUCAAACAGAACCAUUAGUGGCAGGGCUGAGCAACAUGGCUGGUCAAAAGAUGCUGCCCCCAAAUGAAGGGGGUGGUGUUGUGAAAAAGAAAAGGCGACCAAGGAAACCUAAAGAUACCAACAAACCAGCCACUCCUGUAGAUGGAGAAAUCCCAAUUGAAAGUAUUCCCAAUCCUGCUUUGGAUGUGACCGGUUCGAUAUCCAGUUCUGAUAGUGUGGUAUCUGUAAGUCAUUCGGAGGCAAUUUCAAGAAUUCCCUUCCUAACACAUCAAACUUCUAUGAGUAAUCAUACACAGGGUGCAAAAGACAGUGUUAACUUUAGUAAUUUUAUGGAAAAUGAUAGUGUGCUUAGUUCAGGAACCAGUAAAUUGAAUACGGAUGACCCCUUUCCGCCAGAGGUUACUGCUGGUAAAAUUGUGAACCCAUACACUGGUAAACUAGAACCCAUUGACAAAAUAUCAGAUCUUAGUCCUAAUAAAACAAAACCAGUCGGGCGAUCGAUUGAAGACCCUAUUAUGUCUGAAAAAAUAUCCUCUAGUGUACAUUUGAGUGAUAGAUCUAUAAGUGAUAUUAAAAAGCGAAUAAUAGGACCUUCGGUAGGACAAGACCCAUUUAUAGACUGUGUGGCAGCAACUAGAACAUCAUCAUUAACAACGCAUAGCAUCUCACCAAUAUCCAAUAAUAAUCCCCUCACAAGCACUGUAAACAGUGGACAUAUUUAUGCUGAUAAUAGUUUGUCUAGUGUAAGCUCUGUCACAAUGGAUAUCUAUGCAGCUGAUUGUUCUAGUCAACAGGUGAAUACGACACCAGGUAGACCUGGGAGAGAGGACAUAUGUGGUCAACCUGCUGUUCAAUUAGAAUCAGUCGCAUACUCGGGAGCAGCUUCAGUGCCAAAGCUUGCAAAUUCACUUUCUAACAGUUCUGUGAUGCAUACUUUAUCUGCAACCUAUUGUUUAGGGACUACAACCAGUCAAGCAAGUAAAAAGCAUAAUGCUUUAGUUGUGUCCUCUACGCUGACGAGCAGUACUGUGUCGAGUGCUUUCAGUUCGCAAGAUUCUUCUAGCGAGAUAUACACACAGGGAAUUCAGUCACACGCUAAAUUAGACUCUUUACCUUCGCUCAAUUCACCGAAUGUUCGAAAUACCGAGGUACACAGCAUUACAGGAAGCCCCAAUGGAAAAGUUUCAUGUGAAGGGGAUGAUGGUUCGAACCAUAGUGGCAUAAUUAACGACAUCAAUCCAGAAGGUGCCACAUCAACUGUGUCACCUCUUGAUUCUAGUGGUAAUAAAGUUUACAAUCAUGAUUCAGGUGUGGGUAGUUCAUCAGAGCGAUCAGAUGACACCCCUUCAGAACCUGGUGAUGAGUUCCGAUCGACCAUGACAACUCAAGUUCAUGUGGAAGUGGCAAGUGAAGACUGUUUAAAAGGUCUAAAAUAUAGUGCAGAGUGUAAAAAUUCUAAAGUAAUGACUGUCGGUUAUGUUAUGAAUCAUGAACAAUCAUCAGCAACUCCUCAAAACAUAGCCAACUCCAUAGGACUCUUAAAUAAGGACCCCCUAUCAAAAAUGGCAAAUACAUGUAUGAAAGAAUUCGAUCAAUAUCUUUAUGGGGGUAAACAGAAUAAUAUUGCAUUAAAUAGUCAAAUUCCAUCGCUGAAUAGAACUGAUAAAGAACAACACUUCAACCAUAUAAACAAAAAACUUAAAAAUGGUCCGUCGAUGUUGAAUGAACAUAACUCGACGUUAGAUGUUAAAACGGAUGAAGUAAAUAAAGCCAAAUCACAAGGUUUUAAUCCGUCUAUAAACAGUGGUGUAACUGUUGGAAUGGGGACUGGCAUGAUGAAGGAUAAAGCUAUGUAUCUGAAAGGGGACACAUCCAUAGCAGAAAAUGGUCCUACUCGAUCCAAGCACAGUGAAAAGAAAAAGGGUUUAAAUUCACAAAGUCGGUCAAAUAGUCCACGUCAAGCUAUUAAAGAGGCAGAUACUUCGAUCUCGUCCAGUUAUAAUAAUUAUACAAAUGAUUGGCCUGAUCUUAGUAAUUCCCUGUUUGGAAUGGGCCAAAUAAAUACAGAUCACUUUGAUUCUCAUCAUUUUGAGGGAUUAGAGUUUGACUCACCACCUAAUUCCGAAAAAUUUGCAGGAUUUACGGAACAGGAUAUUUUACAAGCGACGGCUAAAGGACUGGCAUGCAAAGCGUUGGACGGGACAAAAGGUUCAAAUAUCACCAGUAAAUAUUCUAAACGAUCAUCUCCCGUUAAUGUCAACAUGCUCAAUCACUUGUAUGCACCAGGACUUCCACUUCCGAGACGAUUAACAGAAUCUGUUCAAAGACUUGUGAAACCACUACCCUCUAAUGAUCAUAGUCUACCUCAUUCACGUGCAUGCAAGUCUCCAGGCAGUUCCAAAAGUUCAAACGGAUCUGCCUCACCCCGAAGUGGUCCAGGAGGGGCAAGAUCACCUGGUGCAAAUGUGAGCAAAAGUGGGAAUGGGGUUGGGCAAAGUGUUAACAAUUUAUCGGGACAGAAUAGUGCUACUUCACAACAAUACACCAUGGCUGGUAAUCUAACGAAUACUACCAUUAAUAAUAAUUCACACACACCGCAAUUGAUGGCCACUAGCUGUUCAAUUAAUAAUCUGUCAUUAUCCUCAUCUACAGACUCUCAUAGAGCAAUAGGUGACAGUACAUACCAGGCAUAUAAUAACUUAACUACUCAAGACAAUUAUAAUCAAUAUCAUUCCAACAGUGGGUCAACUGUCACGAACUAUGACCCACAAAUGAUGGCGAGAGACCAACUAGAAACAUCUAAUAUUGGUCAUUGUGCUACAUCUCCCGAUUAUUUACCAUCACAAGUAGAAACUGUGCCUUCUAGUGUGUGCAAUAUGUCAGUAAACAGUGAUAUCGGUGCAGGUUUACCCACGAGUCAGGACUCUAGUACGGAAAACCAAGACAAUAGAUUAUCAGCAAAUUUAUGUGCCAUGGAACAAAACAAAUCCUAUGAUCUCAAUAAAAGUGCUUCAGAAAAAACAUGUAUGACUAGUGGUUCUCCUGUAGAACAUAAUCAGUCAGUAGAUAUAAAAACAAAGUUCACCGAAGGUAGUGGGAUGCAUCCUUCAGUUGAAACGAUAUCUUUGAGUGUCAAUAAACAUGUUAGUGAAAGUGAAAGUAGAUCUGACAGUUUGUGUGUCCCACCAUUUGUCUCAUCAAGCUUACAGCAUUCCACAUACAAUCUCUCAGGUAGUGCAUUAACCACACAGACUAGCGUUAGCUUUUCUAGGCAGCAUGGUGUCUCACUAAGUAGCAUUGAUAUUGCAAAAACUAUCCCCUCCCCUCCUCUCACUAAAAAAUUGGAAAAUGUUCAAAAUUUAUCACAAUUCUCAGAUAGUACGAGUGCACAAAAUGUGAAUACAUCUGUCAAAGAACCUGAUAAUGAGAAUGUGAAUAAUUCCGAUAAACUGUCACCUAUUGUCAACACUGAUCUAUGCAGUCAAAAUACUUCUGAUAUUAACACUCCGCCAAGUAUCACACACUCAAACACAAACUUUACAAAUGUUGUGGCUUCUGACAAACAAAUCAGAACUGUGGUAAAUACAAGUAAUGAAAGUACUUUGGUGCCAGUAGGAGAUUUGUCUAAAUCUAACCAAUCUAAUCAUAUUAAUGAAGAAAUUCUAGUGAACAGCAUUGAUGCCAGUGAAACUACUGCUACUACUAUUCCAUCUUCUACUACCAAUAACCAAGAAUUAGAAAACACACCACCCUUAGUUGCACCAAGUGAAAUAUUUACAACUUCUUCUGUUGAAUCUGAGUCACCCAUGAGACGAUUAACGCGCAAGCGGAAGUCCAACAACAGUGAAAGUGAAUGUACAGAUCCUAAGGAAGCUAAAAUGCUGGAUGAAACACAAGCAGAAGGUAAUGAGGGUAGUAAUCCUGCAUCCCAUAAUGCAAUGGUAAUUUAUUCUAAUACAAUGGGGGAAGAGAAUAGUGAAAUAAAGUCACAGGAUAAAGUUGGUCUUAAUGAUGAAACUUCAAAUAUAGAAGAUGGUAAGGAUGAUGAUAUAAUGUCUAAAAGAGGACGAAGACAUAAGCCUUUAGCUCCAGCUACAGUUAUUGGAUAUUCAUUUUUUGAUACUCCUGUCAUACAGGGACGAACACGAAGUCAGUCAUCAACAACACCUGCUACAGAAAAAACAGACCAAAAAGAAGAUGUCCCUGUUACUACACCCAAACGUUCAACACGCUCUAUCAAACAAAAGGGUACGAUUCACUGCCAGUAGCAAAUCAAUCUGAAGCUCCUGCCAGUAAAAGGCGUCGAUCGAGAGAUCAUAGAUAGUUAACUAGACUGUGGUUCAUUUAUCGUACCAUGUUGGGUUCUAAGCCCUCCCCAUCAACUUUGUGUGUAUAUAACAUAUAUUAUAAUUCAUGUGAUCAUAUGGAUAUAUAACUUAGAAGAGAGGAUUACAGUUGUGAACUCUGUGCUCAUACGAAACGUAGACGCAAAUACAAUGUAAUUCCAGUAUAAAACUAUUAUGUGAAAUACUACUGUAGUAUAAAUAUCGAUAAUUCAGAGUGUAAAUAUAUGUUGAUGACUAUUUAAUGUUUUGCUAUCAAGUUAUUAUUAUUAUUAUUAAAAAACAUGCGUUAUUCUCCAUUAUUGUGCUCUAUUUCUGUUUGUUCUUUUUGCUUAUCAGUUUAUCACAAGUGCUGUCUGUACAAACUCAAUUUGUACAUAAUAUAUCAUUUAGAUUAUCUUCAAUCAAAACCCGUCUUUUAUUCUCUUCAUUUUUCAGUCUAUUUUGUGAUGUCUGAUUCUGUGAAACCAUAUGUUCUUGUCUGUUUUUUUCUUUUUUCUUCAUUUAAUGUACAGUCUCAUUUUAUGAAUAUUACUAUUAUUGUUGGAUUUAUUUUUUUUUGUGAUAGUUUGUUGAGAAACCCCCUUUUAAUGAAUUUAACUUUCAAACUGCCAUGGUCAUGCAUAAUGAAAUGAAGAUAUAAUACUGUCUAGGUUUAUACUUCUUUUUAUUAUUAUGUAGAGAGAAAGCGUAGAGCAAACACAUGCUUUAGAAUAUCAGGGAUUUGUUGUUGGAAAACUGUAUUUAAGAGGUUAAUCUUCAGUCAUUACAAUAAAAGGAAGUUGCAUUUCAUUUACUAUUGCAAAAAACCCUUUCCAAGCAAAGAAAUUAAGAAAUCACCGAUUUUUUAGAUGUUCAGAAUGUACAUCUUUUCUUACAACAGCUCCCUGAUUCAUAUAUAUCAUGUAUAUAAUAAUAACAAUAAUGAAUUAAAUAGGUUUGUUCAAGCUGAGAUUUUCAUUAAAUAAAAAAUGAAAUUAAUGAAUGAUUUCUGUUCUAAACUAUGUAGACUUUGUUGAUACCUGACCGUACAGAUUAUAAUAUAAGUAUAGAGUUAUAUAUACAAAUAAUUGAUUCUCUGAUUGCUAGUCUUAAUGUACAGAUUAACUAAUUAUUAAAGUGAUUUUCUAUUAACUUAGAGAAAUUUUUUUGAGAGUUUAUCCAUAUUAACAUAUUGUACAUGUAUAUAGGUAAAUUAUAUAUACUAAUAAUGAAAUACUAAGUGUAGGUAAUCUGUUGUGUUUAUAUACACUUGUUUUUCCCCCUUUUUGUGAAUUUAUCUGAUCUGCAGUGACUGGUUUUUGCUAAUUGCAUUGAUUAAAAUUAUCGUGAAAGUUGGCCCUUGUUGAUCAGGGUAUAUCACACUUGAUUAUUUUGGUAGGCUUUAGGCUUACUUUUUGCUAGCAUUAUGUAGUUUUCUGUUUUCACAGGUCAGUGUUAAACUGUAUAUUUUUUAUUUUUAUAUACAGUAUUUGUGAAUAAAGUAUAGAUCUUAUUUCAUAACAUAAUA